AUGCCAUCACCAAGACCCUCCCAUCGAUCCAAUUCCCCGUCCACACAAGAUAGGGAGCGCCGCCAUCAUCGCAGCCACCAUGAACGCUCGCAUUCCCACCGACACCGACAUCGCGAUCGCUCGCGCUCACCCCAUCGAUCAGAGAGACACAGCUCAGGCCGUGACCGUCCCCACCGUCGACACGAUCGAGACCGAGAACAUCAUGAUCGCAAGAGCAAAAAGGAUGCAAAGCCGGUGGUUCUACCUUUGCAGGCGCGAGAGCUCACAAGGCGAGACCUGGAAGUUUUUACGCCUAUGUUCGCGAUGUAUCUAGAUAUCCAGAAGGGAAUAUUCAUUGAGGAUUUAUCAGAAGAUGAGAUUAAGGGCAGGUGGAAGAGCUUUAUUCACAAGUGGAAUCGCGCAGAGCUAGCUGAAGGCUGGUAUGAUCCCGCCACCCUGGAAAAAGCGCGCCAAUCUGUGGCAGAAAGGCCACCUCCUCCCCAACGCGAGAGAAAUUCACCGGAUUAUUCCCGUGGUGGACAGAAUAUCGAGAAUGCCCAGACAGUACCAGUCGCAGAGGAUGACGAUGAUGAGGAUGAUGAUGAAUACGGGCCGUCAAUUCCCCAUCACAAUGCCUCAAGACAGAUGGCUCGUUCCGGGCCGACUAUACCAAGGAUGCAAGAUCUUGAACUGAAAAGAGAGACCGAAAUGGAGGACGCCAUUGCCGCGCGCAAAGAGUCAGAUCUAAGGUACCAAGAUGAGAAGCGAGCUCGUAAAGCUGAAAUGAAGAGUUAUGAAGAGGAAGUCGCGCCGCGCGCAGAAGCCGGUACACGCGAGAGGCAACUCGAGAAACGGAGGGAAGCCGCAGCAUCGAAUCGCGCAUUUGCGGAGGCUCGGGGUGCAUCACCUGAAGCGGCGCCAGAGGCCGAUUUGAUGGGAUCUGGAGAUAAUGAUCUUGCUGCUCUGAAGAGAGAAAAGGACCAGCAGCAGCGCAAGAAGAAUGAAAGAGAGAUUCGCAGAGAAGAGAUUCUUCGAGCUCGGGCUGCAGAGCGUGAGGAGCGCGCUCAGAAAUAUCGCGAGAAGGAGCAGGAGACUAUGGGUUGGUUGCACACGUUGGCUAAGCAACGUUUUGGUUGA